AUGGUAUCGCCGGUCACAUUUCCGUACACUCAACCAAGCGAGGAUUCCAUCACAAAGGACAAGGCGCUGAAGCCCCUUCGUCCGCCACCACUGAGCCUCAAAUCUGAAAAGAACUUCCAGCUGCCAAGGAUCAAAGCCGUUCGCGGCAGCGUAUCCGAGGCCGACGAGGGGACAGAAGUACCGUUAAUGAUCGAACUGGCGACUCAUAGGCCAGCUGCACCUGACGCUUUGGCAGGGAGGUCUUACGAGUGGAUCGACAUGGAUGUAUCUAAGGAUGCUUCUAAGAGCCGACCGUGGGAGGGCGACGUGGAUCGUCCCGUGUCCCCUCCACGAUCCCUCCGCACGAUUAUUGACUUGGACUCGCCACUGGGCUCCGACGAAGAAUCCGAUAUUUCUCCCAUCUCUGACGAGCGACCUGCAGACCACUCAAGUAAGGUUCUGGCUCGCUUCUUUCCGGAGUUGCAGAGCAAUUUCGCGGUGAUGGCCCCCGAAGGUCUGGAUACGACUCCGAAGCCGAGGACCGGUCGCUCACGAGUUGAAAAUGAGAUUCAGGCGCGGGUGAAGAGCCUUUAUCACAACUCGGGCGAUAACCUUGGUCAAAUCUUGGGCUCCCCUACCCCGUCCGAUGAGAACUAUCUAAAUAGACCCGGAUCGUCCGACUAUAGCAGACAGACGUCGAUGCAGAGCUUCGGGACUGAUCUGGCAUUUCGGAAAAACAAGUAUCGAAUGACCACCGAUUCCUCCAAUUACUCCCCAGUUCAGGCAGGGGUUUUCAACGAGUCGGCUUCGAUGCGCCCGAGAGCCUCCAAACGGAUGAGCGCAGCGGGACCGGUACCGACCCGAUUAAACACCACGACCUCGAAGAAUUCGAGUUCGAAUCUUCGGGAUAUGAGGAAUAAGCCACUCCCCCUUGCACCUCUCGUUGAGCCGAUUUCGACCGAUUCGCAUCACAAGCAUCACGAUCAUAAAAAGCCGUCCGCCCACCGUCAUUCUUCACCACAGUGCACAGACUGCACGCCCCAGCAACACGUUCCCCACUCAGCCUACGCCAGUCGCAACCGUCAACCCCACCGGUGCCAAACAUGCGGACAUCGGGACAGUCGUCGCCGCGGUAGCCCCAACUCGCCAGAAUAUCGCCAAAAUUCACGGAAUCACCAGCGUCAUGUGUCAACCUGGCAACAAGCUGCAGAUGAGAUGGAAAUUGAGUUGAGUUUGGAUGGGAUGAAGAGGCGGUUGGUGUUGGAAGGCCCACUCCAGAUCAGUCGCAACAAUGGCGAAUUGGUAGCGGCGCGGCCCGCGCCCCUGCCUCCAUCCCAGAAACCUUACUCCGAAUCGAACCAGACGAAGGGGAGUCGAACUGGGAGCGUCACUUCUCGACGGGAUAAUCUCGGUUCCACCAAAAAGGGCCACAAAUAUAACCGAUCAAAGGACUCCACCGACUCCAACAAAGCCAAAACCCCCAAGGCCAAGGAUGAAUCAAAGAGUCGCUGGGGCGGGAACUCCAAAGAGGGCACAAAGGGUGAUCUGCUGAAAUUGAAAAAGUCUUUCUCAAUCUCCAGGGCAACGUUCACCCGAAAGCAAAAUCCGACACGGUCGGACCAGCAUCGGCUGAGCACGUUGAGCUCACGGUCGGAGACUUCAGUGGACCCACAGGCCGAUCAUGCCAACCCGACUGACAAAACACGCUUGUCCCUUCAUCUUUCACAAUCGGAUCCUAACAUUGAAAAGAUAUCGGAUGAGGACGAUCCGUUAUCUAACAAACGGGACGACCUCCUGCUCCAAUUGCCCCGUUUACAAACUGAUAACUUCGGGUUCAAGACUUUGCUCGACCAGUUUGCUCCUGACACCCAAACUGCCUCGGACAACCCCGCAAACUCCAAAUCCUCCUCUCUGCAGACUGACAGCUUGGGCUUCACAAGCGUGUACGAGCAGCUCGCUCCUGCACGACGGUCUCUUUUGACCAGUCAAGUGCAGUCCCCGUGGCUCGACGACACCAGAGAUGCCAAAGAAGUUAUCCCGUCAUUCACCCUUCGUCAGCCCAUUGUAAGAGAUGAAAAGAUGGUUGCCACAACCAAUAGAAUGCGUCACUCUGCUUUCGUCUCCACUUCCAAAGCGAGCAGUGUGUACUAUCCACCGGAGCAGGUCUAUGAACUUGCCGCUGGACCAACAUCUCCGGAAUCCGUCAAGGCACGAAGAUCUGCCUCCACUACCGAAUUCAAGGUGACCUUCCCCUUGACUGAGAUCGAAGACUCGAUUGUUGAGAUGAUUAUGGAGAAAAUUACAUCGCUCGAUGAUCUUUUCAAUUUCGUCUUGGUAAACAAGCGCUUCUACCGCGUAUUCAAGAAACGUGAACUGCCGAUCAUCAAGAGUGCGCUCUAUCAAAUGUCGCGACCUGCAUGGGAGCUGCGUGAAAUGAGCCCUCCGUGGACUACUGAGUGGCAACACGUUUUGGAUCCAGAUUCCCAGGUACCCGAGUACACGCCGUCUCUCUACCUGGAUCGGUAUGCUCAAGAUAUUUAUACUUUGGCUCAACUCAAGUCCAUGAUUCUCAUGCGAUGCGCCCCUUUCAUGCGCCGCGAUACUGUACGUGGCUUGGCCGGAUUAGACGACCAGCGUGCCGAGGAGGUCGACAAUGCAUUUUGGCGAAUUUGGACAUUCUGUCGCAUCUUUGGUAGCGGCAAGGGUCGUGAAAACGACCUUGAAGGCCAGGUAGAUUGGUUAAGAGGAGGAGUGAAGGCCCGGAAAGCCCAAGGCUCAUCUUCCUCCAUGACCGAGCCCUUUGGUAUCAACAACGUUUUGUUCGAACCGCCCGAGGGAUUCGCUCAUGGCAACUAUAGCGGCCUCACGCCAAGGGAGCUAUAUGAUAUGACUGAGAUCUGGACCUGCCUUGGAGUUUUGGUCCAGCCCCUUCAUGCGAAGUGCAUUGAGGCCCGCAAUGUUGGUAUUUUCAAUGGCAUAGACGUGCCCGAGGACGACCCAGUCCGCGAGGAGACCAUUCUGGAGGAAUGGACAUCCUAUGUUCUCACCCUUGGCUUGUCCGCAGUCUUGAUGGUCAGCUCUCUGAACCCUACCGAAACCACGGCCAUCACCUUUGAAAGAGCGAACGCGGUCGGCCUUACCAAGUGGGACCUGACAGAAGGUCAGACCACCCGAUCAUCGUUCAUGAAGGAAGCAGUAUCGCGCGUUUACGACGACCGGGAACGAUAUUCUUUCAGUCUGCCCUCUGGCUCAGCCGAUAGUCCAUGUGAACUGCCAUCGAACGAAGUGACGACCCGCGAAGAAGAUAGCGAGCGUCGACAGGUAUUUUCCCAGGAAAUUCGAGUCCAGCGCCGUGAGGGAAGGAACCAGCCGUACGGGGGUGACUCCUUCGCAAUGGAGCGACCCAUGUCUACAUACAGCACCAUCCUGCACAGCCUCGGAGGUAGCAUCGGAAGAAUUGUCAACGGAGCCCCCUCUGUACCACCAGUACCCCCUCUCACCUUCGAUCGGUCAUCAACCUCAACCGGAAGUCGAAGCCCUCCCCCCCCUGGAACACCGAACUAUGCGCCAGGAACUCCCCAGCAUGCGCCGGGCACACCCACCCACUCCACUCCGAACUACAUGCUUGGUACCCCAGGUCAAAUACCCACAUCGGAACCUAAAACACCCCUCCUCCGCAGCCCCCCACUCUCAGGCUCCUUCAUGCCAGCCCCUCUCCAACCCCAAGUCCAAGACCCCGUCGACCGGGCCAUUUCCCACAUGGUAAAUGAGCUCGGUUUCUUCGAAGAUGACGUUAAGUGGGCCUUAAAAAUCACCGAUACUGGUGAAGGAAUUAACGUCCAGGCUGCUGAGCAGCUGCUACAACAACAAAAGAAGAAGUCCGAUCGGAAUCCGUUCGUGGGUCGGGGACGGAACAAUCAUGGGAAGAACCCCUUGCUCAUGUCUGUCAUGAAGCAGCAGGGUACCCAGGAAUCAGGUUGGCGAUGGGCCUAG